UUCAUCAAGAUGUCGUCUUUCGGCGUAGAAGAAGAGAUAGCGGCCGUGGUGCUGGACAACGGCUCCGGUAUGCUCAAGGCCGGGUUCGGGGGCGAUGACGCGCCCCGGGCAGUGUUUCCCGCCAUUGUGGGACGGCCCAAGUACCGGGGAGUGAUGGUGGGCAUGGGUCAGAAGGACUGCUACAUCGGGGACGAGGCACAGUCCAAGAGAGGCAUGCUCAGUAUGAGGUAUCCCGUUGAAAAUGGAAUCGUCAACAACUGGGACGACAUGGAGAAAAUAUGGCACCACACUUUCUACAAUGAGUUACGCGUUGCACCGGAGGAGCACCCGGUACUCAUAACAGAGGCACCUCACAACCCCAAGGCAAACAGAGAAAAAAUGACGCAGAUCAUGUUCGAAACGUUCAACUCUCCCGCGUUCUUUGUACAGAUCCAGGCCGUGCUCUCGCUCUACUCCUCAGGCCGGACAACUGGAGUGGUCAGCGACUCUGGUGACGGGGUCACUCACAUGGUGCCAAUCUAUGAAGGCUAUGCUCUACCGCACGCCGUCAAACGAAUCAACCUGGCGGGUCGUGAACUCACGCAGUACCUGCAAAGGAUCAUGAACGAAAGGGGCUACUCUUUGGUCACCUCUUCUGAAUUUGAAAUCUGCCGAGACAUCAAAGAAAAGCUCUGCUACGUCGCUCUGGAUUACGAGUCAGAAAUGGCUGCGUCUGCCAACUCGUCCAGUACAGAGAAAUCCUACGAGAUGCCCGACGGAACCGUUAUUACUAUUGGUAACGAGAGAUUUCGCUGUCCGGAACCUCUGUUCCAGCCAUCUUUGCUAGGUAUGGACUCUGUUGGCAUUCACGAGCAUCUCUACAACUCUGUCACGGGUUGUGACGUGGAUAUUCGAAGAGAUCUCUACGCCAACACAGUCAUGUCAGGGGGCUCAACCAUGUUCCCUGGAAUUGCGGACAGGAUGCAAAAGGAAUUAUCCGCACUUGUUCCUUCCGCGAUCAGGGUGAAGGUCAUCGCUCCCCCAGAGAGGAAGUACUCGGUGUGGAUUGGGGGCUCUGUCCUCGCCUCUCUCUCCACCUUCCAGCAGAUGUGGAUCACUAGACAGGAGUACGACGAAUCUGGGCCAUCCAUCGUGCAUAGGAAAUGUUUUUAAUCAGAGUCGUUUUAUACUGUAUGUAGGCUAUCAGGUUUACAUUUUUAAACAUUACAUAACAGAAGCUGACAAGGGCUUACAUUCAGUAUUGCAAAAGAAAACAAAAUCUCCAACACUCCAACCCAACUCAAAUAGAUUUUGUAAUUUAUCAAUAAAACCAUACACAGGACUUUUAGAAAGUGUCAACCAUAAGCAAUUAUUUUAACAUCACCAAUCUCUAGAAUGUCCAACCCUUUUUUUUAUUUCGGCCUUCCUCAGUUCUCAUCGCCACAUCCUAAUUCCAAGCUGCAUUAUUCUGUACUCAUUAAAAAAAAACAUACCUGCGGGUGGUUAGAGGGCGCCACAAGUUUU